AUGACUCCUGAGGAGGCAGAGUUCUUCCGGCUGACGGGCAUCAAGCCAGAGCGUUGGCAGGAACAGGUCGAAGAAGUUGCGAGCCAACAGCCUGCAAGAGCAGCCGAGGCGGCUUCAUUUCCUCCCCAGGCGGCACCUCAGCCUCAGAGCAUGUCGGGCCUUCCUGCCGCCUCCGAAUCGCCUUGCCCGAUGCCGAUGUCCUCGCUCCCACCACAGCAGGCGCAGGCCUUGGGCAUGGCUUCGCCUUCAGCUCCUGGACCAGCUUCGCCUUCCCAGGAGACCUUUGCACCUAAUCGGCCGGGGUCUGUUUUUGCUGUGCCUCCGGCUUCACCUGUCAAUGAGAUUGGAAUGGCGCAGCAGAUGCUUCUAGGCCAGAUGAUGCAACAGCAGAUGAUGAUGCAGAUGAUGUCGCAGUCAGGCUUCGGGGACUUCGGUCAACCUCAAGAAGAAGUCAGGGAGGAGGACCCGCUCAACCCUGACAACGACCCGAACAGGUUCUCAGGGCGGAUCAAAGGCUUCUAUGAAAUCGCUUCCGGUGGAGGAUAUGGCUUCAUUGAUUGUGAAGCUGCUCGGAUUAGGUAUGGACGUGACGUCUACCUGCACUCCAGGCAAAUGGGCGAUGCGAAGGUGGGUGAGCUGAUCAGCUUCACCAUCGUCCGGAAUGCUAAGGGGGAGCCGCAGGCAAGGAAUGUCAUGCGCGCGGAGGAAGCCCUUGCUCUGAAAGCUAAGAUCCAAGCGCGAGAAAGACGAGAACAGGAGCAGAAGAAGCAAAAGCACCAGAUGCUUGAGAAGGUGACGGUGGCAGAAAAGAGGACUGGGGUCAUGACAGAGGAGGAGGCAAAGAGAUUUCAGGCUUCGCUGCGGAAAAACAGACAGUAG